CUACCUGACCAUCAUCUAAGGUUUUUCCACCAACUCUAAAAAAAACUCCAACCCAGGGUCAUCCAAUGAAGCUGAAUAGGGAGAGACUCAUGACAGACCAAAAGGAAGUACUUUACACAGUGCCUAGUUCAGCUAUGGAAUCUGUUACCACAAGAUGUAGUUAUGAUCACUAGAAUAAUAGAGUUGGAAGGGGCCUAUAAGGCCAUUGAGCCAACCCCUGCUCAAUGCUGGAAUCCAGCUUAAAGUAUAGUUGACAGGUGGCUGUCCAGCUGCCUCUUGAAUGUCUCCAGUAUCAGAUAGCUCACCACCUCCCUAAGUAACUGGUUCCAUUGUUGUACCGUUAUAACAGUUAGGAAGUUUUCCCUGAUGUUCAAGCAAAAUCCAGCUUCCUAUCACUUUAGCCCAUCAUUCCAUGUCCUGCACUCUGGGAUGAUUGAGAACAGAUCCUGGCUCACUGUGAAGGAACUGGACUUUGCUGUCCUGGACUGUUACUAUGAACUAUGUUUUUUAGGGAAAGCUGUGUAUAAUAUGAGAAUGCAUGUUUUUACAUGUUUGUUCAUCAGGGAUUAUAGGAUUAAUUUGCUCCAAAGACAUGGUCUGGCUGUUCAAAUCACCUGGACUUGAGAGACAACUACCCAGCUACAGAAGAUGAAAAAGGAGGACAAUUUAGAAACUAAUGUAAUCCAGUAUGAAAAGAGUUAUAAGCAGAAAACAUAUUGCAGAUUAAUGAAGAAACAACAGAAAAAUGGGAUUUCACCCUGGAAGAACACAGGGAAGAUAAAGAAAGGGUUACAAUCAAAUGAGAGCAGCCAACAAAGUUUGGAGGAAAAGAAUGAAACUGCAUCACCUUUCUCCUGUCGAGAAACCUCCAAGCCCCCAUCAUUGUCAACUGAAGAUAGUGCUGAGGAUUUCAAUAUUGAGCUGACUAUUUUUAAUGAUUUGAUGGCCUCAAGUGACCUGAUACCCUGUAAUGAGUAUAUACCUUAUUAUAGGACAUAUGCAAACCUUGUGGAAAACCCUCUGCAGAUAAAUACAGAACUGAACCAUGAGAACAUAGAAAGAGAAGACAUUCAAAGCAAUGGGUGUGUCUUUAAGCUUAAACAUGAAGAUGAGCCCCUAAAUGACAUGGAUCUCACCAAUGGAUAUUUCCCAUAUUAUAGAACAUAUGAGGAGUACUUUGACAGCUCAGAUCUUUCCACUGAAGUACACAGCAGAACAGAGAGUGAAGAGGGUGAGACAAAUGAAGAGGAAAUUGAGAGUAAAAUUGACUGUGAAAUUGAGGAAGUCUAUGAAGAUACAGUUACUCAGGAAAAUUGGGAAACCAAUGAAGAUACCAGCCAAUACCUUGAGAGUCUUAAGUACACUGAAACCCAGAUAUUAACUGACUCCAUCAUUGAGUUCUGUGAUUCUGAGAUGUCUCUCUUUGAUGAAAUUUUAAGUCUGAACCAAUCACCUUCUGCCAGUGGUUAUUUUCCAUAUUACAGAACAUAUGGAAAAUUGUUUCUCAGCCCAGUAGCCUCAAGUAAUGUAUUCUAUAGCAGUGGAGAUGCAUUGGAAGUGUUUGGUAUGGCAAAUGAAGGAACUUUAGAGGGAACUAGGGAUUACAGCAAUGGCUGUUCAGUGUGCUGACCUCACUGGAAUCACAGGCAUGGUUUUAAGGACUGUCACCAUUACACAGGCCUAGUAAUAAUUUAUAUUUAAAUCUUUUUAUAACAAAUUAUUAUGCAUAUUAAGUGGAUCUGUUGAAAGCACUGGGAGAAAUUUCCAACUAGCUCUGGCUUGAACUUGAAGAAACUGAGCAUCUCUGGCAGAAGACAAUGAGGAAAAAGGAGAAGAUGAAAAAGAUAUCUUUUCUUUAUUGCUGACCCUACAGAGCAGAUGAUCACCAGACCCUCAAACUGCUGUGGGAAAGAAGAACUUUGUCAUGAUCAAGGCAAGUUCCCAAAAUAAGUUUUAAUUUUUAAGAAAUCUCUAUUAAAAACAAUAAAUUACUAAUCAGGGGGUUGAAAACGAACCUUUCUCUACCACAAAUAUUCAAGUCGUACAAAGCUGGGUUAAGAUGUCUUUUUACAACCAAAUAGUUCAACAGCAAACUGUGUGGAACUUGGAGACUGCGCCAUGGAAGAUGAUACACUGCAGAUAAAAGCUAUAUGCAUGCUAUACUUAAUUCAAUAAGCAAUCAUAUCUGGUUGAUAUUGCUUAUGAUGCCCCCUACUGUUGCAGAAGAAAGAUAAGGGCAGCCUGGCUGAAUCUCCAUCCCGGCCAACACCCUAACAAAGAUGCAGUAUGUAACAGAGGCAUCUCUGAUCAAGGUCAGUAACCUUCAGUCUGCAAGUCUGAGAGGUGAAUUCUUCACUGCAAUCUUUAUCAACUGAUUCUAUGGCAGAUUUUAGAAAAUUCCAGAAGAGAGGGUGGAUAUGGAGCCACUGAGCAUGAUUUAGCUAGUAAAAAGUCUUCAGAUACUGCUAUGAAUGCUGAUUAAACAUCUAUCAAGCAAUACUAUUUUUCUCUGUGAUAAAAAAUAGACAAAACAAUAACAGUUCCUGUAUUUUGUUAUGUUUCAUAUCAGUUAUGGAUAG